CAGAACUUGUUUCUUAGUUUGACAGGUCUCAUAUCCUCAGAAUUCAGUUCCUUUGGUGCCUCACAUGCGCUUAUAGAGAUUUAGCACUAAGGAGGCGCAGAAGAGAUGAGGGCUAAAGCUGCUUCAGGGAAAGCCAUAAUAGUGCUGUGUCUUGCUAGCUUUCUUGCAGGCUCACUGUUCAUGAGUCGAACUUUGAGUCGCUCUUACAUAUUUGAAGAAGAGGAUCACCAUCUCACAAAGCAUCUGUCUACUAAACAUAUAGAGAUUCAAAAGGACUGCGAUGAACAUAAACGCAAAUUGAUAGAAAGCAAAUCCAGAGACAGAAUAGGAGAAGUAUCCAAAACCCACCAAGCAGUAAAAUCAUUGGAGAGAACAAUGUCAACGUUGGAGAUGGAUUUAGCAGCAGCACGUACCAGCGACAGAAGCAGUGAGUUCUGGAGCGAACGGUCAGCGAAAAACCAGAAUCUACAAAAAGUGUUUGCAGUGAUAGGCAUCAACACAACAUUCAGCAGCAAGAAAAGACGAGACUCGGUGAGGCAAACAUGGAUGCCAACAGGAGAGAAGCUAACAAAAAUCGAGAAAGAGAAAGGGAUUGUUGUAAGGUUUGUGAUAGGACACAGUGCAACACCAGGAGGAGUACUAGACAAAGCCAUUGAUGAAAAAGAUUCAGAGCAUAAAGAUUUCUUGAGACUAAAACACAUUGAAGGAUAUCACCAACUCUCAACAAAGACAAGACUCUACUUCGCAACAGCAACUGCGAUGUAUGACGCAGAGUUUUACGUGAAGGUAGACGAUGAUGUUCAUGUCAAUUUAGGUAUGCUCGUUACAACACUUGCGAGAUAUCAAUCAAGACCGAGGAUUUACAUUGGUUGCAUGAAGUCUGGUCCUGUUCUUUCACAAAAGGGAGUAAAGUAUCAUGAGCCAGAGUUUUGGAAAUUUGGAGAAGAGGGUAACAAGUACUUUAGGCAUGCGACUGGACAGAUUUAUGCAAUCUCAAAGGACUUAGCUGCAUAUAUCUCCACUAACCAGUAAGUUUUCAAAUCCAUGAUGUAAAAUUAGUUUACUCUUUUGGGGGAUUAUGGAAGGAAAUGAUUCAGUAGUGGACAUGAUGUUUGCAAGGGAAUACUGCACCGGUACGCGAACGAGGAUGUGUCGUUAGGAGCGUGGAUGUUAGGGUUAGAGGUGGAGCAUGUGGACGAGAGGUCAAUGUGUUGCGGAACACCACCAGAUUGUCAGUGGAAAGCACAAGCCGGGAACGUGUGUGCAGCGUCGUUCGAUUGGUCUUGCAGUGGGAUAUGUAAGUCUGUUGAUCGAAUGGCUCGUGUACACCCAGCUUGCGCGGAAGGAGACACACUUCUCGCUAAUUUUCGCUUCUUGUAUUGAGGUUUCACUUCAAACUUUGCUUAGUUAAAAGAAUAAUGAAGAUAAAAUAGUAAUAAAAAUAAAAAACAUGAGACCACAUGACUUUUUUUCUUUUUG